AUAUUACAUUGAAGUUUCAGCACCUGGAUGUUUUUACUUCCGGUUUACGUGACACAACAUUUGUGUACCUAUCCAAGACUUGCCGUUGUUUUGUGUUCCCUUCUAACCAAGCAGCCUCCUUCAAAGCAUGGAUGCGACCAAAUACCACUGACUGAAGGCCAACGCUAUCCCAAACAUCAAGUCAAAGAGUAGAGACGUGGAAGAUGAAAUCAGUCCACUGCGAGCAACUGAAAAACGAUAGAAAAUGAGGAAUCCCGCAGACGUCACUAUAAAAGAGCUUCAGCCUGAGAAGCAUGCUCCCCUCCACGUUAAACAGGAAGAGUCGGAGAUGCCGUACAUCAAACAGGAGGCGGAGCCAGAGACCCCCAAGAUUAAAGAUGAAGAACAGGAAGAUGAAAUCACGAAGUGUCCAAUGACUGUCAUUGUGAAGAGUGAAGAAGAUGAAUGUCCAAACGAAGAGAGCGAAGCUUUGAAACAUUGGAGCGACAGCUCAUUUCAACACCUGACAACAAAAGGAGAGGGACGACCGCAACCUGACGGUUUGUUAGCUCCGCUCUCGGACAGUGACGACGUAACGUCACACUCUUCUGACUUUAACACAGAUGAGGAGGAUAAUGCCUUUGACCAAAAUGCUUUGAAAUCCUUAAAGUCAUCACUGGAAAGAGACACAAAAGAAUACGCGAAUGGGAAGCCUUUUGCUUGCUCACUCUGUGGUAAAAGAUUCACUCAGAAGAUUCAUUUAAAAAGACACACGCGUACACACACAGGUGAAAAGCCUUUUCCCUGCUCAGUUUGCCAUAAAAGAUACUUCACAAACACAGAAUUAAACAGACACACACGUACUCACACUGGGGAAAAGCCUUUCCCCUGCUCUCUUUGCGAUAAAAGAUUCUGUACAAAGCAAGAGUUAACAAGACACACAAGAACACACACUGGAGAAAAGCCUUUUAUUUGCACAUUUUGUGGUAAAAAAUUCACCCGGAAGGGAGAAUUAAUGCGUCACACAAGGGCACACACAGGGGAAAAGCCUUUCGCCUGCUCAGUUUGCCAUAAAAGAUACUUCACGAAGGCACUUUUAAACAGACACUCACGUACGCACACUGUGGAAAAGCCUUUCGCAUGCUCUCUUUGCGAAAAAAGAUUCUGUUCAAAACAACAGUUAACAGCACACACGCAUACACACACCGGGGAAAAGCCUUUUACCUGCACAAGUUGCGGUAAACGAUUCAUUGAGAAGAGAAAAUUAAACAGACACACGCGUACACACGCUGGAGAGAAGCCUUUCGCCUGCUCUCAUUGCGAUAAAAGAUUUUGUCAUAAGCAACAUUUAAUAGCACACACGCGUACGCACACCGGGGAAAAGCCUUUCGCCUGCUCCCAUUGCGAUAAAAGAUUUUGUCAGAAGCAUCAGUUAACGAGACACACAUUUACACACAGUGGAGAAAAGCCUUUUGUCUGCACAACUUGUGGUAAAAGAUUCAUCGAGAAAAGACAUUUCAACGAUCACACAAGAACACACACUGGAGAAAAGCCUUUUUUCUGUUCAGUUUGCCAUAAAAGAUACUUCACGAAGGCAGAAUUAAACAGACACACGCGUACACACACCGGUGAAAAGCCUUUUCCCUGUUCAGUUUGUGGUAAAAGAUACACCCGGAAGGAAGAUUUAAAGAAUCACGCUAAAAGACACCCCUAAUUUGCGUCUGGCUUACUGUUUUUCACAAUUUUACUUCUGAUUGUCGUCAAUACUUGAUGCUUCCCUUCUUUUUGUUGUUGUUUGUCCAAUUUCCAAACUUUAUCUGAAUCGUUUCAGAGAAGAUUUUGUCUUGUGCAUUCCAAUGAUUUAAAAUCUGCUUCAUUGUAGAAUUACUGGACCUUUUUAUCAUGACUAUCAAAUAUUGUUGUUCGUUACCGUAUUGGCCCCGAACAUAAGACGGCCCUGAUAAUAAGACGACCACCUCUUUUUCAAGACUCAAGUUUGAAAAAAGACUUUUUGAACACCAAAUUAAUUUUUAUACAGAAAAUAAUUACAGUACAUCUGAAACAAAUGAUUAUAACAAUAUAUUUGAGAGAAAAUGCAUGUUAUUUUGCCUCAUUCAAAUCUUAAUAUCUGUACAUUUAAAUAUGUAAACUAAAGUGCAAUCACAUUCGUAAAUGAAUGGCUUCUGGUUUUCGAAAUGUAAAUAAACCAAUUAGGCCUGCAGCUAUCGAUUAUUUUAGUAGUCGAUUAAUCGAUGAACUAGUUAUUUCGAAUAAUCGAGUAAUCGGAUGAGGAACAUAAAGUAAAAUACCUGUCCUCAGCCUUAAACGGUAUUGGAAAAGAAAAAUGAGGAUAUAUGUACAGCAAAAGAAAAAUUGGCUAACUUACAUAGCAAAAAUCCGCUAAUUGAAAUGCUAUGAAAUGCCAACUAUUUUUAACAAUGCUCUUAACAAAUAGUUCGAACACAUAUUCCCACAAAAAAUGGGUAAAUAUACAAACAGCUGAAAACAUUAGCUCAAACAAAACUUAGCUUAUGUUGGUCUUAACAGGGAGCAGAUGGGUUCAGCAAUGUGAAAUGAGGCAGACUAGAGGGCAGUGUAUCAACCCAAAUCAAUGCAAAUAAAGGCAAACACUUUCAAAACAAACCAUUACAAUGCCAUUUUAAUUAAACGAAUACUCGAGGCAGCAAAAUUUAAUUCGAAUAUUUUUUUCUAAUCGAAUACUCGAGUUAAUCGAUUAAUCGUUGCAGCACUAAAACCAAUCUAUUGUGAUAAAACAACAAAAUUGCAAUAACUGCAUUAACCAUCAAAGUGAGGUCUAACGGUAACUGUAGUCUUGAAACAAAUCUGAAUAAGGAAAGACAUUGCAAUAAAAUAAUGCAAACUGGUUAAACUUGAGAGUAGCUGAGAUCUGUCAUGACAGAACAUUACUCCUCAAGUUCAGCAUUUGCUUCAAUAAUAUCUGGCGCCAUCUCGUGUCGUGAAUGGGUAUAAUGUCUAGACCUCGAAUAUAAGACAACUCCCACUUUUUCAGUCUUAUUUGAAUGCAAAAAACACUGUCUUAUAUUCGGGCCAAUACGGUACUGACUGUCUGACUUGCUUUUUUUGUAAACUGUAUAUACGAAGUUUGAGAAUGAUAAACCGAUAUGACCAGAUAUCCGGUUCUACAGGUGAGAGAUACAGCUGUAUCGAUAGUAAAGGUACCAUUCGACAGUAAUUAGCCCUUAAAUAUUCAAUGAACCGAUAGUAGAGAUAGAAUUCGGCUAUCGCGAGGACAAGAAUCGGCUUCUAAUGCCUAGUUCAAUGCUUUGCUUAAUAUGAUAAUAAUUUAGCUUUUACUUCACAUGCUGCACAUAUGUCAUUCACCAACAGCUCACUUAGAUUGUGACCGCACGCAUGAUAUAAUAUGGAUAAGCACCACUCACAGUUGUGGUUGCCUCAACUUCCCAUGCAUUUCGGCAGAACCGCUUGUAGUAGGGCGGCGGGAGGAGGGAUGGGCUGCGCAUGGCCCCCCCACCCCCCCGCUUGCCCUCCCUCCCCGGGCUGGCUGGGUGGGGGCCGUGGCCCUGGGUUGGCGCCCGCGCGGUUUCUCCGCCCGUCUGCGUGGCUGUCGCGCGCCCGGUGGGGCUUGCGUGCUGCUGGAUGUGGUAGGGCAUGCUCGGGUUGGGGGUUCCGGUGCCGGGAUUGGCGAUGCGGCGGCGGAGGGUUGGUCGCCAACGGGCUUACACUCAUAAGAGAUUCACACGAUUACUGGGUUCUAGAUCACAGAACUGAUUUGUGUACACUCUACCCCUUUCAAUCACUUAGCUUAUAGUCUUAUAGACACCCCCACCCCCAUUUUCCUCUUUCACUGGCCAAUAGGCCCCCACAUGGUGUAAACCGGAAAUACAUCUCGCUGACGAUAGCACCAGCAUAUUAGUAACUAGUUUAGAUGUUCAGUGUAUUUCUUGUUGUUGUUUGUGUAUGUGUUUCUUUUCUUUCUUCUCUUGUAUUUCUUUUCUUCUGUCCCCCCGUAAUCCCUUCCUGUUCGCUGCUUUGUCAUAAUAAAAAGGUAUUUUGAAUGAUCACAAUGGGAGUAUGUCAGACUCUCAAUGUGAAACAUUAAAACUGUUCAGAAUCCGGGCACUUAGACUUCCAUUCUCUGUGUCAAACAGCUGAACAGGACAGGUUUUAAAGAAAUAAAAAAAAAAAAAAAAAAAAAAGAACCGCUAGUAGUAGCCGUCAUUACCCGAUCGUCACGGGCGUGUCAUAACGACGCGAGAGGUAACAAAACCACUGCUCCUUAGCGUUUUCUUCACCGCCCAAAACGAAACUAGUAGUGGCAAUGAAGCGACAUGCUAAAACAAUGGACAGUUUGAGCACCAAGCCAGCGACAUGCAGUGAUUGAUUUUCAACGCACCCAGGAAAACAAAAGUCAGACUUUGAAGUAAUGAAGGCAGCCAGAUCUGUUCGCAUGGGUCAGAGCUAGUGUGAAGCGGUACAGAGAUUGUGAGUUUUUAACGCUGAAAAAUAACCCACUACAAUGGUGGAAAGGGCGACAUAUAUUUUCCACGAAACGCAGUCUACUUAAACAUGAACAUGUGGAUCAGUUGAUCCUCCUCAAGAAAAAUCUGCCCUUCAAAAAAGAUAUGGACAGUGAUGAGGAAUAAAAAAUGUGGAAGCACAGCAUAAGUGAAUGACUGCUGUGUAUAAGGUUAAAGUAAUGAUUAUUGACCUGUCUGUGUAAAAUGCCAUGUUUUUAUUCCCCCAAUUAUACCAGUGGUAAAGCAUAAUUUAUUAUUUAUGAUAACACUAGCAGUUUUAAUUCUUUUUUUCUAGAGCUGCUGCAUAUAAUUAAUAUAUUUUGUUUGUAAGAUGUUUACGUUGAAAGUUUGCACUUCAAUUACUUACCUCUUGUGUUCAAAACACCAGGAAAUACAGUAAUUGAAUUACUGCACUUUAUUGUUGUCUGUCACUAGAGUUUUAUUAUCAAUCCCAUCCAACAAAAUGCCGGUCAUAUAGUAAGCCUUAUUUUUUUUCAUAGAAAAAUAAAACAUAACAUUGGAAUGAAAUUUUGUUGUUUUAUUUUGCUAUUACAAAUGUGGUCUUAUAUGUUUAAAAUACUGUACGAACACACACAACAAAUGAUUACUAUCGUAUCGUUUUCACUCUAUCGAACCGUAUCGUUCUUAAACUGUAUCGAAUCGCUCGGCCUUAAAAAUGUCUUGUUUUUUUAAUCGAAUCGUAACCUGUGUAUCGAGAUACAUAUCGAAUCGGCUUCAUCCCAGAGAUUAUAAAUAUUCAUAUUUUGGCCCUGACUGAAACUUGGCUUCAGCAGGAUGACUUUGUUAGACUUAAUGAAUCCACACCCCCAAGUCACGUGAAUUUUCACACAGCUAGAAGCACGGGCCGUGGAGGGGGGGUGGCAGUAAUAUCACACUCUUGUUUAGGUAUGAGCCCAAAAAGUAAAGCUAAUUACAUUUAUAACUCCUUUGAAAGUCUAGCACUAUCAAUUAUAGACGCUAAUUGGAAGAACCAAAAACCAAUUCUUUUCAUAGUGGUUUACCGUCCCCCUGGUCCCUACUCACAGUUUUUGUUAGAUUUCUCUGACUUUUUAUCUAGUACUUUGCUAAGCUGGGAUAGAAUUAUAAUUGUAGGGGAUUUUAAUAUACAUGUUGACGAUGAAGGUGACUCCCUUGGUAAGGCCUUUAAUGACCUACUAGAUGGGACUGGCUUCAUUCAAAAUGUAAAUAAACCAACUCAUAGUCACAAGCACACCCUGGACUUGAUUUUAACAUACGGUACGGAGAUUAGUGAUCUUAGUGUCCAUCCCCACAACCCCGUACUGUCUGAUCAUUUUCUAAUUACCUUUCAGUUUGUGCUUCAAGAUAAUCCGCCACUAGUGACUAGAACUCAGAUGAAAAGGACAUUAGGUGAUCACUCUGUUUCAGAGUAUAAACAGAUAAUUCAGCCUAUAUUUGCCUCCAUGUCAUCUAAUUAUGAAGGAAUGAUGCCCGGCCUUGCUGUUAAUGACGAGUUUGUUGAUCGUGUUCUGUUUACGUUUCGUACCACCCUCGAUGUCGUCGCUCCCUCCAAAUUAAAGUUUGUCAAGCCGAGACGAGCCUCUCCCUGGUAUAAUGCUGAAACACGCUCUCUUAAACAAUCGACACGUAAAUUAGAAAGACUUUGGCGCCGUUCCAACACAGAGCACACCCUCUCUGCCUGGAAACACAGCUUAGUGACAUAUAAGCAGGCCUUGCGUACGGCUAAAACUAGAUAUUACUCAUCCUUAAUAGAGGAAAACAAAAAUAAUCCUAGGUUUCUGUUCAGCACUGUAGCAAGGCUGACAAACAGUCACACCUCAAUAGAACCUUAUAUCCCAACCACCCUUAGCUGUGAUGACUUCCUAAAAUUUUUUAACAAUAAAAUCGCAACUAUUAGAAAUAAAAUAAAUGAAUCACUUCCAGUUAUUAAAGUGCAGACAAAGAAUUCGGAAUCUCCUAUAAAACCCUCUAAAAUAUUAAAUAACUUUACCACUGUAGACCAAAUUGAUGUAAUUUCAAUUAUAAUGUCCUCCAAACCAUCAACGUGCCUCCUCGACCCAAUCCCAACCAAACUUUUUAAAGAGACCCUGCCUCUAACUAUUGACACUAUCUUAAAUAUAAUAAAUACCUCAUUAGUUACUGGCUACGUGCCGCAGUCCUUUAAAUAUGCAGUUAUUAAACCGCUCUUGAAAAAACCUACUCUUGAUCCUGAUAUUUUGGCCAAUUAUAGACCUAUUUCUAACUUACCAUUUCUCUCCAAAGUCCUUGAAAGAGUGGUAAUUAAACAGCUCUGUCAGCACCUUCAGGACAAUAGUUUAUUUGAACAGUUCCAGUCUGGCUUUCGAGCUCAUCAUAGCACUGAAACCGCAUUAGUUAAAGUAACUAAUGACUUGUUACUUGCCGCUGACGUUGGAUUAGUCUCAAUCCUGGUUCUGCUGGACCUGAGCGCAGCCUUUGACACAAUCGACCAUAAUAUCUUAUUGCAGAGAUUAGAACGUGACAUAGGCAUUAGAGGUGCAGCCCUAUGCUGGUUUAAAUCAUAUUUAUCUAAUAGGUACCAGUUUGUCAAUGUAAACCAGCAAUCAUCAUCGUACUCUAGAGUUAGUUAUGGUGUGCCGCAAGGAUCUGUCCUCGGGCCCAUCUUGUUUACGCUGUAUAUGCUUCCUGUAGGUAAUAUCAUCAGAAAACAUAGCAUUAACUUUCACUGUUACGCUGACGACACACAACUGUAUUUAUCAAUUAAACCUGAGCAGGUCAGGCAAGUAGAAAAACUAAGCGCCUGCGUCCGAGAUAUAAAUACCUGGAUGAGCACUAACUAUCUUCUACUUAACCCUGAAAAGACAGAAGUCCUUAUAAUAGGCCCGAAAAGUGCUAGAGACUCUUUAUCUGCCCAGAUAGUCACUCUGGACAAUGUAAGUGUAGCCUCCAGCGCCACAGUUAAAAACCUAGGAGUUUUAUUUGACCCUGACUUAUCGUUUAAAGCACACAUUAAACAAACCUGUAGAACGGCUUUCUUUCACCUGCGCAACAUUGCCAAAAUUAGAAAUAUUUUAUCUAAAAGCGAUGCAGAAAAAUUAAUUCACGCGUUCGUUACAUCGAGAUUGGAUUACUGUAACUCCCUACUUGCAGCUUGUCCUAAAAACUCUCUAAAAGGUCUUCGCUAGUCCAAAACGCAGCAGCAAGACUUUUAAUAGGAACCAAUAGAAGAGAGCACAUCACCCCUGUGCUCCAGGCACUUCACUGGCUUCCAGUCGAGUUUAGAAUUAAAUUUAAAAUACUCCUUCUUACAUUUAAGACCAUUAAUGGGUUGGGGCCAUCUUAUCUCACCGAUGCUCUCGUUCCAUACCGCCCCAACAGAACACUCCGAUCUCAGAAUGCAGGUCUACUGGUAGUUCCCAGGGUUUAUAAAAGUACUGUCGGAGCUAGAGCCCCUGUUUUAUGGAAUCAGCUUCCAGCUAGUAUUAAAGAAGCCGAGACAGUCUGCACAUUUAAGAUUAGAUUAAAAACGUUCCUAUUCGACAAAGCUUAUGGUUAGGCUAGUUGAAGUCGGAGUAGACUCACAGUUUAGUUUAAGCUGCACUAGAAGCUAUAAUGCUGGGGGCAGUACAGCCGCUGAGUUCUAUCUCCUUUUCUUACUCUACCUACCACUUGUCUUACUUUAUUUCUAUUUUCCAAUGUUAAUAUCUAGUUGUCUAGUCUCUUCAUCACUAGUCACCCGGUGUCCCCUUUCCCCCCUCCCCUCUGGGGAGGGGCUAUUUUUCAGCUGCAGCCUCCUGACUGUCCGGACCCCUGGCUGGAUUGACGUCCUCGCUGCUACCCCCGUCUCAUCUGACCAGAGGGACCUCUUCUUGCUCCUUUACUCCACUGUAUUUUUACGGACUACAAUUUCGCUUGCUAAUUCCCAUUAGCCGUUCUGGGGUUCCUGUCUAUCCGUCCUGGGAGUGGAUCUCUCCUGACUGUGGUACUCCCCAAGGUUUCUCAUUUUUCUCCCAAUUGACUCUGGAGUUUUUGGAGUUUUUCCUUGCCGACAUGGAGGGUCUUAAGGAUAGGGGAUACCCAGGACUUGAACUGUAUCUAUUCAUCUUUGUUGCUUCAUUUCUAAUUGUGUAUCAUAUUGCCUCUGUAAAGCCCUUUGAGACCUCUGUUGUGAUUGAGGGCUAUACAAAUUGAAUUGAAUUGAAUUCCCAACCCUAGUGUAUAACAGUACUGUUUGUAUUUUAUUAAUCUCCUUAAUUGGACAACUAUGGUAUCGUGCUUCCAAUAAAUUAUAACAAUACCAUUGCUUUUAGCAGCCCAUUUAA